AACUCUCGUGGGUAUAAAAAGAUAUAUUGGAUGGCAAUGCCGCCACUCAACCUAAUGGUUUUGCUGUUUGGUUGCUACCGCUAAAGGGGACGUAGCAGGCGCGGGAAUCUUCAUGAGUCUACUUCCCUAUUGGCCGUAGCGAAGCAAGCCUGCACACGUUGGCCUCCUAUUGGACAGCUGGGCUGUCCCCAAACCCCCUCCUUCGUUUAUACUGGCUGGCAUGGGUUGAGGCGGGCUACAGUGAAGGAACGUGGAGCGCGCGCAGGCCGAGGAGUCUGUUGGGCGGCUUAAUUGGCACAGUAAUAAUAAUAGCAUUGGGAAUGUCUGCUGGACUGUUUGCAUAAAGAAAAAAGGAAUUCAAGUGAGAGGGGAAUAGAAGAGGACAUUCACACUUGCAUUGCCUAACGCCUCUCUUCCUUGCCCCAUUUUUCUGAACACUGCAGCAAGGGGCCUCCUCUACAUGUUUGUUAUAAAUAUAAGAAUGCAUGAAGCUGCAUUAUCCUACCUACAGACAUCUUAACUCUCUCCAAGCCUACCCCCCCCGGCAGGUUCAGUUAAGAAGAGAGCCUGGCUGGAUUAGACCAGAGGCCUGCCUUGCCUAGGAUCCUGUUUGCCACAGUAAGCCAACUAGAUGCUUAUGGGAAGGGCAGAAGAUGAGCACAGUAAGCAUUCACCUGCUUUUGCUGUCUAGCAACUAAGCACAUAGCCUUUUCCUCCAUAAAUUUCUCUAAUCCCCCUUUCAAUCCAUCAAAGUUAGUGGCUCUCACCUACAUCUUAUGGUAGCAAAUGACAUAGUUUUAACUAUGUGCUGUGUGUAAAGUACUUUCUCUUAACACCAUGCAUAAUUCUAUAAAUCUCUAUAACAACCUUCCUUAUUCAUAUUUUUUUCUGAAGUAAAACGCUUCCAUUUGUUGUAGCCUUUCCUCAUAAAAGGAGCUGCUGCAACCCCAAAAUCAUUUUCCAGCUGUGCAAUAUCCUUUUUGAGGUGUGGGGACCAGAGCCAUUGAGGUGUAGUGGUUAGAAUGUUGGACUAGGAUGUAGGAGGCCAGAGUUCAAAUCCCCACUCAGCCAUGAAGCAUGCUGGGUAACCUUGAGCCAGUCAUAAUUUCUCAGGCUAACCUACCUCAAAGGGAUGCUAUGAGGAUAAAAUGGAGAGGGAGGAGAACCAUGUGUGUGCCACCUUAAACUCCUUUGAGGAAAGGUAGGAUAAAAAUAUAACAUAUAAGCAAACUAUAGACAGUAUUUCAAGUUGAUGUGGAAAACUCAGAGCUUGGAAGUAACUCGUUAUUUUUAACGAGUUACUUUUAAUUCGUUACAAUUUUAAAUAACGAGUGGGUAAUUCCAUUACAUUUGGCAAGUAACGGAACGAAUAGUAAUUUCCCUACUUUUCAGCUUCAACUUUAACGUUUCCAUGUUAGGUUGGACGUUACUUGGGGGCGGGAACAAGGGGAAGUCAGCUCCUGGCUGUGAUUGGUUAACACAAGACAUGUGCCUCACACUGAUUGGACCUCUGCGCAGACUGUCUCUUCCCUCAUGAUCUGUGUUAGGAGGCACUAUAGAAGAGAUGAAUAGGCAGGGGGAGCCUGCUAGCGUCUGACUCUGAGAGGAAAAAAUGGACGCUGGAGGAAAAAGCCAGGGCAAGGAAGGCAGAAUGGCGAAGAGCUGUGGAGAGACGCCUGUUGCAGGUUUUGCUGCUGAGAGCAGCAGUCAGUUAGUGCAGCCACUUGAGUCACAGCUUGUUGAUCCUGAGGAGGCAAAACUAGAAAGUGAGGUUCAGAAAGGAGGCCCUGUGCACGAGGAGGAGGAGGGCAUGAAGCAGUGCCAGUUGCCCACAGCCACAUCUGCAGAACAGCAAGUACCAUGGUUUGGCUUUGAGAAAGCUUGUACAUUUGUGAGCCAGAGUGGGAAAAAUGUUGUUGUACGAUGCAAUUACUGCCUUCCAAGGAUCAAAAAUCUGAGAUCAGCUGUUUCCCCCUCAUCCAAUGUGAAGAAACAUUUUGAGAGGGCACACCCUGAGAAGCUGAGAGCAAUUGAAGAAGCAAUAAAGGCAAGGAGACGUGGCCUUCCUGAACCAAUGCAUGACACGCCUCCUCCCAAAAUGCUGAAGCAGCAGCAGACAACCCUUGAGAGGUGGGGAUCUGGCAGGGAUCUGCUUCUUCUGGCAGCCUGCGUACACCCUCGCUUCAAACUAGAUCGGCUGGAAUCGUGUCAGGCCACCACCCAUACCAACAAAUACACAAUGGAAGCCUUGUUGAAAGCUGAAAUAAAGAUGGGUGUACUUAAUGAGGACAGUGAUCAGUCUUCAGAUAAAGACCAGGAAGGAGAUGACUUAGAAGAUGACUUCUUUAACUUUCUGCCCCAGGGCAAGAAGUCAGCAGUGGACACUGCUGAGGAGGAACUGGUGAGGUACCUGAGGUCUCCCAGCAGGGAAGUGUCAUCACUCCAUGGCUUUCCACGUGUGCUGCAGUGUUUUUUGCAGCACAACACAGGCAUGCCUUCAAGCGCCGCAGUAGAACGCCUGUUCAGUACUGGUGGCAACAUAAUGACUGUAAAAAGACAUUCCUUGUCUGACAUGCUCUUUGAGCAUCUUGUUCUUUUGAGACAUAACAGAAACAUAUUAUAAAAGCAUUUCAAGUGUAAAAUUUGAUUUCAAGAGUUGGGGUAUCUUCAUUGCUUGGGGGGAUGUGA